CGCGUACUUUGAUGCAUACACUGAUGGCAUGUAUGGCCAAACUGACUCGCUAUGUGAACGACGCUGUUUUAGGAUGCGCUUAGCGUAUUGUGGUGGUGACCGAUGGCCGCAUGCUCGAGUUGCAUAUAAAGGCGGUCACUAUGUCGCACUCAGGGCACCGUUCGUCGGCCAGACUUUCAAAUCUCAUAUACUCCUCAUUCACAUCGUGGUUCGACUAUGUCCCAGACUCCUGGGACUGAAGCAUUCUUGUCGCGCAUCGCUCAAAUAGCGCCUGGCCCAACGGCGUUCGAUGCGAUCUCAGAGGCACUCAAGCCGUCGCUCGACGACGAGGCGGCGUUGCGCAAGCUGUUUGCGACCGACAAGAACAAUGGACGCCUAUCGGACCCUCACGUCGGGCUUAUUGAUGUGUUCAACGCUCCAGCAAGCAUCAGGACCACCAGAGCCAGAGUGGUGAAAGACGACGAUGGUCUAAAGAGCAAGUUCGUGAUGCCGUUAUCAGACGAUCAUCGCCGCAAGGAUGGCACGCCCUCGAUGGUGCAAAGCUUGGAUGAUUUCAAGAAGAAUUGGGCGAUCUUCGCGGAGGGAUUCCUCUCACAAUUGACAGACUGGAACAAUGUGAUCGCGGCCGGAGGCUCUUUGGCGAAGGUAUCCAAGAGAGCAUUUCGCAAAUACUUUCACAAUAAUGCAUAUCCUACGUCUGACGUCGAUCUCUUCUUAUAUGGAAUGACUACUGCGCAAGCCGAGGUCAAGAUCAAUGCCAUUUACGAGGCCGUCCGCGAUUCGGUCCCCUGGGAUGUGACGUGCGUCAGGACGAAGCACACAGUGUCGAUCCAUUCGCAGUACCCGUAUCGCUCCGUGCAAAUUGUCCUGCGCUUGUAUGCGUCGCCCGCAGAGGUCCUCGCCGGGUUCGACGUUGACUCGCCAUGCUGCGCAUACGACGGAGAGCGCGUUUGGGCCAGUCCGCGUGCGAUCGCUGCGAUGAUGCGCCAGUGCAACACCGUUGACGUGACGCGCAGGUCACCUUCGUACGAAGUGCGCCUCGCGAAGUACUCGCUCCGCGACUUUGAAGUGUACGUGCCUACGCUCAAGCGCGAGGAUAUCGACCCAACGAUCUUUGAGCGGUCUAUCGCGCGCAUACAAGGCCUCGCGCGCCUCCUUGUGCUGGAAAGGCUUACUAGCGCUGAACAGCGGCAGAAUUAUCUCAUUGAUCGCAGAAGGCUGCGUGGCCGCCCCGACUCCGAGCGGAUGUACCAGCGCAACAAGAAGAAGAAGUACAAGGGCGAUCUCAAGGCCGCCACUGACUUCAGUGAAUUGGAGAUGAACGACUACGACGUCGUGUCGCUGCAUAUACCCUACGGGCCUGGCUGGGAUGCGCGGCGUAUCGAGAGGCUCAUUUACCAAACUGAUCUCGGAAUGAACUCUCCUUUCAAUCCCAAGAACGAAGGCAGACGUCUGCAUCGGCACCCGGCGUUCUUCGGCACGAUGGAAGAGUGCCUUGAGGAUUGCUGUGAGUAUUGUCCCGAGCCGAAGGGCGAAGAGGAAUGCAAACUACAGGAGGAGGAAGACAAGAGCUACAUCAGGGGACGAAUCCAUUUCAUCGAAGAAGAUCCCGGACGUCAAAGUAUCUCGGGCAGCUUCAACCCGAUCGACGAUGGUGAGUGGGCUGAGCAGGCGUACAUGGGCGCGACAGAGAAACUUUUCCGCGCAAUCGCUACCAACGACCGAGCCGCCGUGGCGCAGCUCAUGCAGCAAGAAGGCUUUGAGAUCGAUCGCCGAGACUAUGUCGGCCGGACGCCUCUCCAGAUGGCUAUCCUUUGCAAGGCCGUGGAUAUUGCCAGCGACCUAAUCGAUGCUGGUGCGCGGAUGACGGCUCGUCUGGUCGAUGGCCGAACCGCUCUCCACCUGGCGGCUCAGCUCAACCUCCCGGACGUGGUGCGCAAGCUGCUCGAUCGCGCUGAGAUUAGUGCGGAGAAGGCGAGGGAGGCCGAGGAAGAGGCGAAGCGCACCGCGGACGAAAAGAAAGAUGACAGCAAGAUGGACGUUGACGACGAGGAGGACAUUGAAGAGAACAACAGCGAAGACGACUGGUCAUCUGAGAUGGAUGAGGAGGAAAACCAAGAGAAGCAAAUGAAGUCGAAGAAGGCCGAGGAGAAGGUUCCCGUGAACGAUGAUGGCAUCCCGGACGAGAAAGACGAACCGGACAUCUUUGACCUCAAUGUACCUGAUUGGGACCUUGCCUUGACGCCACUGCAAUAUGCGAUAAUUUUCGGGUCUAUAAAAGUUGUCGACCAGCUCAUCGCUGCAGGCGCCGACGUCCGAUUGGUCACCAAAGCAGAAGGCUAUGACAUUCCAGACAUCCGCCAGCUUACCGCCACUGUGUUAGACGAGAACAACGAGACAGCCAAGGAGAUCGCCAAAAAGCUCUUCGCCGCGGGCGCGGUAUCCUCUGAGGCUGACGAAGACUUAUUCACUAUACUGCACAAGAUAGUGUGCUCCGGUAACACUGAGCUCGUUCGCGCUUUCUUGCAGUAUGAACCAAACGCAAAAGCGGUUGUCAACACGCCGGCGUUCGGACGGUAUUGGAACAUAGCCGUCUAUCCUAUCAUGUCUGCCAUCACACAAGGGUCGUACUCCAUCUUCGCGCUUCUGCUUGCAUAUGGCGCCAAGCUCAACGUUACAGAGGAAGAAUUCAGUCGGUUUUUGGAACUCAGGAAACAUCACAAGAACCACAUGGGCGACCAGAACCCUCUGCAUUUUGUCGCGAUGCCAGUGGAAUCUGUUCUCGGGCGUCAGGACGACUCGCUGGAAUGGCUUGCUCUCGUCAUGGCACUGGGUGCUGCAGUCAGCCUUCCGACGAGAGAUGCAGCUCAGAACACCAAGAACUCAUGGGCUGCCGAUCGUCGCAUCACCCUGAUCGACUGGGUGCGUUGCGCCAUCCGCGCGAUCGAGGACCAGUUGCAGCACCUCGAGAAGCGUGCAGAGUCUGUUGCAUCGGACGAGCUGGACAAAUGGGCAUCAACACUUGGCUGGAAAGCUGAAGUUGGCAAGAUCGUACGGCAGUUCAGAGCGCAACAGGAAUGCGCGACUUUGCAAAAGCCAGACCCGGUGGCGGAUAAGGAGCGCCUGCGCAGGGCGAAGGAGUAUUUCGGAGCAGUUGAGGAUCUCAUGGUCUCACACGGUGCGAAGACGUGGGAUGAGCUCUAUCCUGACAAUAAGGCUGGCUUGGGGGCCAGAGACUAUUUCAAUAACAACUCCUCGUACAUUCUCCACGUGCAGAACUCGUCAGACCUUCACUACGAACGCAGGCAAGGAACGUGGCAAACCACCGCAGUCCUUACUCACUUGACGGCGCGCUACGACGAGCUGUUCGAGGCGUGCGCGAAUGGCGACAAUGCGAAGGUCCAGAAGCUGUGUCUUCCCAAGCAGGGCAACAAGUCGCAAGAACAGCCGCUGCAGAUUGUGGCACAGCUGACAAACACGUGGAUGAUCUGUAACCCGUUGUCUUUGGCUGUGGCAGGACAUCAUUGGGUUACUGCCAGGCUCAUUCUGGCUAUUGCCGCUGCACAACAUCAUCCUGAAAUAGACAAGGCGGGAAAAUUCCAAACACGUAACAUUGUGCUAGAUGAUGAGGAAGAUAAUGCCUCGGAUGAGAAUGAAGGCGAUGAAGAUGAGAUGGACACGGAAGAACCCAUGAAUUUCAUCGACAUCGCGAAACGCUCUUCUGAGGUGCAGACGACAGCGACGCCGGCGAACCUCUUGCAUGAUUCAAGUAUCAGCUGGCUUUGCGAUGACGAUGGUAAGGAAGGGUACAAGCAAGGGAGCAUCCUAUUCCGUGCCGUCGAUGAGAACGAUUUCGAGGCGUUCGUGCAGAUUGCCGACCUGUAUGGCAGCCUGCCAAAGUCGCAGCCGCUUCCGGAGGCAACGCUCGUCUGGUUGUUGGAGCGUGACCGGCCGGAAAUGCUUGACGAGUUCAUCCGGCGCACGGGCCAGGGCAUCGACAUCGAGAAGGAAGAGGAGAAGGUGGACGAGCCGGGGACUGCUGCGAUGCACAAGAAGAGCCCGAGCUCGAAGAUGUACCUCGGUUUGAAUGUGCAUGGGAAGAAGCGCAAGGAUCUCGCGGAGAAGGUAGACCCGAAUGCUGUGCCGCAGACGGAGAGCUUCGUGCCGCCGGUGGUAUGGCUUGCGGCGAGGUACGAUGCGCAGGGCGUCAUGCAGUAUUUGGCGGGCGAGCGAGCGCUCGCCGCGUAUAAGUACUAUGCGGCAACACAUAGUGACGAGCGUGCGCGAUUCAUUCGCCGGGCUCACGAUCUGGCGGCAGUUCUUCCGCAGUGGUUCGGAUGGUCGACGAAUGUGCUGAACGAGUCGGCGAUGACCGCAGCGGUGAUCGGCAAGAGCCUCGAGGCACUCAAGAUGUUGCUCUCUCUUCGACCUAAGCCAAUGCAGCAGGCUUUGUCUCUCAGGGUCCAUUACCGCGGCUACAGCCACCUCCUCGUCGCCGCGAAAUAUGGCGUCAAGCCCGAGCUCUUCGACUGGCUGGUGGAGAAGGGACUGUCACCGUUAGACGUGGACAUGGGCAGGUCCAAUCUGCUGCAUGUGUUGUGUGAAGGACAGACUGAACAUCACUUCAAGUUGUUGCAGCAUGUUCUGGAGAGAUUGUCGCAGGAUGAGCUCGAACGUUUGCUCUUGCAGACCACUAAGAGUGGUGAGGAUACGCCAUUGCACGUGGCCAGCAAAUUCCACCGGCUUGACAUCGUGCAGCUCUUGCUCGAAGGCAACACUCGUGCUAUCACAAUGCGCAAUGUCGAAGGGUCGACCGUGCUGCACAUUGCCAUCAAGAACGGUAAUGCGAAGAUCGCCGAGCUACUGCUCGGUGCAGCACCGGCGGAGGCACUCUACAUGGAGGAUAGCGUCGGAAACACGCCGCUCGAGACGGCGAUCCAGCGCGAUUUGCUACGCCGGGUUCGGCAAGACUUCCCGUGCAAGAUCAGGAUGCCCGACCCGCUGCGCCAGGGUCUGCAGGAAUAUACCGGCCGCAGGAGCUUUGACGUUGCGUUCCAUGAGGCCGAGAUACCUCGUUUGAAGGCAACUGUCGAUGGGCUACUCAACGAGGGCCGUCUGAGGGCGGGCUCGAAGCUGGCCACGGAACUGAUGGCUUUCACGGAGGGCAUUGAGAAGAAACUCGAGCAAGAGAAGAAGGAAAGAUCAUCACAGGAUAGCGAUGAUUCUGAGAGCGCGAAUUCGCAGUGGCAGCCCGAGAAGGAUGAUGAUGAUCCCUCGAAGACGCUGGAGUGCCUCAAGAAGGCUAUGGCUGAGCAUUCUGCGGCACAAGCGCGGCUGCUUGUCCACCUGUCGGACGUGCAGAGGUCCGUGCAGGACAGUCUUGGAGCGUGGCCGGAUCGGAAGAAGAAUGUCCAGAAACAGAGCGAUGGCUUGGAUGGAGAGGUGGAGGAAGGCGGGCAGGAUAAGGCUCAGCGCCGCAGCAUAUUAGACCACUGGCAGAACUGAUGCAGAUAUUUUUAUGGCUUAGAGAGGUAAGCCAGAUCGACCGGCUCAUGUUGGAUUCAUGGGACGAAAUAUACCAUGCAUCAAUUUAUGGCCCUCGCCUGGCCUAAUAUACGACUUUUUUCC